AUGGCCUCGGAAAAGAAAGUCACCAAACAAGAGCCGAGUACGGAGACCGCGGCCACACACGAAGAAACCUGCGUCACGCUGCCACCUCUGGAGUACCGCAAGCUGAUAUGGAAACUCGACGUUCACCUCCUGCCGCCCUUAUUUGUCCGGUGGUUCGUCUCCCUUAUCGACCGCCUAAACAUCGGGUCAGCCAAGAUCUUUGGCAUCGAGAAGGAUCUGCACAUGGACCCCCGAGGCACCGACUUCAACGUGGUACUUGUCACCACCAUGGUCGGUCUUAUCCUGUUCGAUGUGCCCAGCAACUACCUCCUGAAGAAUAUGAGGCCUUCUUGGGUCCUAACCGCAGAGAAUUUCCUCCUCGGGAUUCUCACCCUCGCACAAGGCCUAGCAACCACCUUCACGGGCCUAGCCGCCCUCCGCUUCUUCGUCGGCGCGCUCGAGGCGGGCCUGAUCCCCGGGAGCGUGUACCUGCUCGCGCAGUACUACCCGCGCUACGAGCUGCAGUGGAGGGUGAGCACGCUCAUGGUCAGCAACGCGCUGAGCACCGCGUCCGGCGGCCUGCUCGGGCUCUCGAUCGCGGGGAUAAGGUCCGGCAACGGCUACGGCCCGUGGAGGUGGCUGUUCAUCAUCGAGGGCUGCGUGACGGCCGGCGCCGCGGUUCUCGUCUCCCCUUUCCUGCCUGGCUGGCCGGCUGCGGCGAGGUGGCUUACGCCGUUGGAGAAACAAGUCAUUGCGGAUGAGAGUAGGGCUUCCGAGUCCUAUCUGCUCUACAGCGUUGCCAUCUUCGCCCCCACGAUCAUCAACCAGUUCGAGAAGGGCCAAAGCCCCCAACACGUGCAAGCCCUGGUGAUCCCCAUCCUCGCAUCGGCCCUCGCGGCAUGCCUCUCAGCGGCCCACGCCUCAGACAAGCCCAAGCACCGCGGCGGGCGCGGCACAGCAGCGUGCGCCCGCUACGCCGCGCUGUUCCUCAUGGCCGCGGGGGUGUACGUCUCGCUCCCGAUGGUCUGGACCAUGCUCGUGAACAACGUCAGCGGCGCGUACAAGGUCGGCUUCGCGGUCGGGCUGGAGGUCGGCCUGGGCAACUUUGGCGGGAUCGCGUCGGCGCUGGUGUUUCAGGGGUCCCAGGCGCCGGGCUAUGCGGACGGGUACAAGACGCUGGCUGUGAUGAGCUGUGUUGCGGCGUUCCUGGUUGUCUUGUAUACUUGUCUCUUGUACAGGAGAACAGGGUGCGGGAUGCUGGGAGGAGAGACCACCGGCUUUCGGGCGACGACGUGGAUAACCUGGGGGAUGGGCACCUUUCGUUUCGGUAUAGCUACUAGUAGCCCCGGAUGA